UUUCGUUACAUUAAACUUAUCUAGUCAAUAUCCUCUUUCUUACAUGCAGUCCUUAUUACAUUCAUUUUAACUCGUCUGCUUUGCAGCACCGGUCCAUUCAAAUUCAGGAAAAAUACAGAACAAUAUUUUAAAGUUAGGGAUUUAAGACUUAAACGCGCUUGAAAGUGACUACAACGACUUUCUAUUCUAUUGGUGAACAUAUUGAAGCCCUCAGAAAAGUAAUUUUCACACAGCACCAUCAUUCAGAGCUUAGUGACGUCACCUCGCGUCAGGCGUUUAAAGAUCACUGGGCGCGGAGCGUCAAAAUUGUCCGGACAGAUCGCAACGAUGACCGUGAAGAACAGAAAUAAGAGCAAUUCACAACCAAUCGCCGAGAAAAUCCCCGCCGUGAAGCAGCAGGAUGACGUGGCGAAGAAAAGCCCCAAGAACGCGCCGGUGGUCGCAGGUCCGAGCGCGUUCAUGAAGUUUAUUUAUGCGAUAUUUUAUCUGACGCUCGCUGGAGGCGCGGGGCUCGCGGCGUUUUAUUUGCAACAAGUUUUAUCCGAAGUCAAAGUUACAACCUUGAGAAAUGAAGAAUCAAUGGAGAGAUGCAGAGAACUGAGCAGUGACGUGGAGCACGCACUUCAACAGAUAAAUUCAUUAAAAUCAUCUUUAGAGGGUUUGGAGACAGCAGUGGUCGAUGCUAAAGCCGAUCUACAGGGCACCAGCCGUGCAGUCCAGAAAGGAGAAGACAAGAACCGUCAGAUGGAGGAAACGUUACAGAACCUCCAGAAUAAAAUCUUUAGAGAUCUGACAAAUGGGAUUGAGGAGGUGAAGGAUGCUCGUGAGAAGGACGUCUCCUCUUUGGAGCGCACCCUUGAGGAACGUCUGUCCCAGCUGAGUCGCUCCAUCAGUGAGAGCGUGGCGGAGUUUGCAGGAGAACAGAACCAAUAUAAGAGUGAACUUCAGGAGCUUAAGGCUCGUCUGGAGGAGCAGCAUAUGCCUGCGUUCCUCAAACAGGAGCUGACGGCCAUCAACAGCGCAGUGGCCAAUCUCAACACGGCUAACGAGGUGGCCGAGGGAAACGUGGAGGUGCUCAGGGAGCAGAUCGCCACGGUGGGUGCUGAGCUCCAGACCAGGAACAAGGAGGUGGCGUCUGUGUCCGAGGAGAUCGAGGCCGUGCGAUCGCUAAUGCAAAGCACCGUGGGAGCGUUACGAGAGGAGGUGUCUGCGGCUCGGGCCGGCGUGCAGGGAACGUCCGACCAGCUUCAGGCUCUGACCGACGGACAGGACCGGUCCAGCGAGGCAAUUCAGACCCUGGAGAAGCAGCUGAGAGAGGAACUGCUUAAGGUGGAGAAAAGAGGAGAAGAUGUGGAGGCCAGACUGAAAGCCACGGAGGAGAGCGAGGAGUUACUGACAUCAUCGUUGUCAGAGCAGACAAACCGACUGGACGUUUUUAUAUCAAAGUAUGAAUCUCAUGAGAGCUCACUGAAUGAGUACAAAACAUCAGCAGUGAAGGAUAUAGUGACACUGAGAGAUGAUCUGGAGGAGAUGAAGAGCAGUCUGGGUGAGAUACAGGUGAGCAUUGCCGCUCUUGAUGAGACUCAGGUGAGAUUACAUGCAUUGGAACAGAAGCUUGAUGGACUUAAAGAUGCUGAGGGUUCAGAAGAACCACAAGAACUCGAAAGCACAGCUGAAAGUCCAUCUGAAGAUCAAGAUGAAUCUGAAUGAUCUUGAGAUACAUCAUGAAAACAUGAUCGUUCAUGAUAUUUGACACACGGUAGAAAUGUGAAAAUGAAUCCAAAUUGAGAUCCAGUAACUGACAAAGAAAGCUGAAUCGGUGAACUGCUGUUUAUUAUUAUUAAAAAUAUCUCUUUUUUUAUUGUUUCUUCCAUCACAGUAAGACAAACACUGUCUCUGAAUGUAUCAAGAGUUGUUUACCAAUAAAAAUGUUUACAAACUUUA